AUGAGUAUAGCACUACGCGUUUGUGUGAUUAUACUCGUAUUGAUAACCUCUGUCGUUCUGUUUGAACCACCGCCUCCAGAGCCAUCUAAGAAGAAAAAGCGCAUACCAUCAAUAUCACCAACAGUAGAAACUGCUGUUUCUGCAACUAAACAAUCCAAGGAUACUCAUAAAUAUAGCAAGGAUAGCUCUUCAUGCCUCCUUCAGGAGCCUACGCGAACCCACGAGUAUUCCACGCCACCUUCUCAGAGGGCUGCCACGGCCACAACCGCGCCUUUACUGGACUGUGAGCAUGCAGUUGACCCACAGGCUCUGCAAAAACCUUCCAAUUCGCCAUCGAGCUCACCCAGACAAGCCAACGGCGAUUAUUCCCCAACGCUCGUUGGCGCUCCAAACGGCUUUGAGCUGUUCGGUCCUUCCCAUCAUAAGAAGCAUUCUGCACUGGGGUCGUCUACUGCGCCCGAACCGUUCGACUACAGUAUUUGGAAUGGCCAACCCGAGGUUGAUAACAAUUCUCGUCCAGCUGAGGCACCGCGAUUUCCAGAUGUAGAGGCCCUCCAGACAUCGAAUAUUCCAUCAUCACCAAGCUCACCUUCCAGCGAUUCCUCUUACAAGACCGCUUUGGAGUCGCCGCGCUCUGAUGAUUCGUUUCACAGUGCUCGUAGUAGCCUUUUAAUGUCGCCGACAUUCAGGCAUGCUAGUAUUAGCCUGGAUGAGGCCGUGUCGAGAUUCGCUGCCGACCGAUUGGACAUCGAAUUAUGGGCUGCGAGGGUCCAAUCCGAUGAAGCUAGUUGA